ACAAAAGGACGCGCACAAAAUUGGAACAAAAAUAGAAUACCUAAGGUCGUCUCUCGCAGUCGCAGCACACUUUUCGGCUACCGUAUUCCUCUUCAUCGUUCUUUCCCUUCCGCCGCUAGAAACGGCCACGCGCCGCCAUUCUUUCUAUUUAUAUUCGUAUAAUCAUACGUGAAAAUUUACGUAUGCACACAAAAUUUUCAUGUCACAAGAACUUGAUGGGAACAAAUCUAGUAAAACCCUCUCGCAAAAAUAAUGUACGGAGGUUCCUCCAAGCUCAGCCGCGGUGGGGGAGGCGGACGUGGGAGCGGAGUCCCUCGGAACCUCUCUUCAUUUCCUCCGCCGCCACACCGACCUUCUUCUGCCACCCAAUCAGGCAGGCUUCCCCUUGGCUCCACCCCUCGUAACCGCCCCGGUACUGGGGGCGCUUCAGGACCUGCACCGUCUGUCGAAGAGAGUUUUUCGCUUGUUUCUGGGAACAAUCCGCUGGCUUUUGCGAUGAUUAUAAGGUUGGCGCCAGAUUUGGUGGAGGAGAUCAGGCGGCUCGAGGCUCAAGGAGAGACAGCCAGGAUUAAGUUUGAUUCAAUUCCGACUCACCUUACUGGGAAUGUUAUUGAUGUUGGCGGUAAGGAGUUUAAGUUUACGUGGUCACGAGAACUUGGUGCUCUGUGUGAUAUAUAUGAAAAACGUCAAAUGGGAGAAGAUGAAAAUGAUUUGCUUGUUGAAUUUGGGGGUGCAUGGCGCAAAUUGAAUGUUCAACGUGUCUUGGAUGAAUCAACCACGAAUCAAGUUAAGAUGCGGUCAGAGGAAGCUGAACGCAUGCAUAAAUCACGCAAAGCCAUUAUAUUAGACCAUGGAAAUCCAUCUAUGAAGAAUCAAAUCAAGCAAUUAGUUGCUGUUGAGGCUAGUCCAUGGAAGUCUAAUUUUAAAAAGGAGAUUGCUUCUAAGAAGGGUAGAGUUGACUCACCUCAAGCUGCAGUUGGAGGCCCUCCAAAGUCUGGCUACAAACCUGGUUUAAUUUCGGCUGCUACUGCAAAGGGAAGACACUCAUCUUCACCUUUACCAUCUCCACCUGAGCGCUCUGGUGCUGCAUCAUCUCCAAUUGGAAUUGCAAGUGCCACCAAGAUUCGUGCAAGCAGUGAGAAUGUUAUUCUUCCCCACGUUAAAAGCAAAGAAAAUAUUUCUUCCAGCUCUGAGAAAGAAAUACUAACCAGGGCUACUAAUGUAGUAUGUGAAAUGCAAGAGCUCAGUGGAGGACCUAAGCCAACAGAAUUGCAGAGUCUUCUGAUCAGUCUACUGAAGGAAAACCCCAAGGGGAUGAGCUUAAAGGCCUUGGAGAAAGCUGUUGGUGAUACAAUUCCAAACUCUGCACUAAAGAUUGAACCCAUUUUAAAAAAAUUUGCAACUUUCCACGUUCCAGGAAGAUAUUUCUUGAAACCAGGAGUGGGGUUGGAAAGCUUGAAGAAAGCAUUAUCUAAAAGUGGAAGUUCGCUUGAAGAUAAUCCUAAUGAGGCUACAGCUCCUGAAGAAAACCAAGAUCAGACAUCGGUUCCAGCAUCAUUAUCAGUGGAGAAAGUUAGUCACGAUGAAACAGAGGAACAUACCGAUUUAUACCCAAAACUUACAGAAGAAUCGAAUGCAUUGGAACAAAUUGACAUGCAACAACAUUCACCUGAUUUGGUUGGUGAGAGAAAAGUUUCUGACAAUAGUGAGGGGCCAGUGAAUAGUGCUACUGACAGUGGCAGUGAUAGUGACAGUGACAGCAGUGACGGUGGGAGCCACAGCAGGAGUAAAAGCAGGAGUGCAAGCCCGGCAGCAAGUGGGAGCAGUAGUAGCAGUGAUAGUGAAAGUGAUGCUUCUUCCAACAGCAAGGAAGGGUCUGAUGAGGAUGUAGAUAUAAUGACGAGUGAUGAUGAGAAAGAGACAAAACAGGGUAUACCGACAUCUGAACCAGGACUUCUGACUUCACCUGUACCAUGGCAGGCUGGACAUGACAGUUCUCUGCUGAACGGAAUGGAUGAAAAUCAAGAUGAUGAUGGAUCUGAUGCAAUUGAUAUUGAAGGCAAUGGAUCGGAUGCUGUUGACAUUGAACAAGACUUGCCUGAAGAUGAACAGGAAAUUGGAAUGGCUGCCAGCACAAACAAAGAAUGUGAGAAACAUGAGGAAGGAAUAAAACCCUCGUCAUCUGAUCAUGAUGAAUUCCAGGAGCAUCAAAACGUCAUAGGGAAUUUGUUUGAUGAUACAGAAAACAUGCCUUACCAAAGAGAAAAUAAAGGUGACAAGGAAUAUGCCGACUCUCAAAAGGGAUACAAUCAGGCGUUUCCCAGGAAAUCUAGUACAGAUUUUCAUCAAUCAGGUCGUAAGUUGUCUGAUCCAGGUGUUCGGACUAAAGCUGUUAGUACAGCUGAAAGGCCUUUGAAACAUGCUGAGAGUUCAGGACCUGAUAAUAAGUUCACUAGGAAAAAUGUGCAUGGAGGUUAUGUGAUUAAAAAAGAUAACCCUUAUAGGGACACCCAAAAUGAGGAUGGUUUAAUGAAUGAAAAAAGUUCACUGACAAAUCCUAAAGGUGGUGCUCGAGGUAAAGAUGCUGUGCCUUCUGAUUUCCAGCACAGAAAACAUGGUGAAACUGUUGGAAAGUCCAAGGACUCUGUACAAAUUUCUGGCUCCUAUAUUAAUUCUUCUCCGAAGGAUAACAGCAGGGUGAGUGAAGAUAGUUAUCUAGCUAAUGGCAAAAGCAACGUUCUCCAACGAGAGCUUUCGCACUUGGAGUUAGGUGAGAUUCGUGAGCCGUUGAUUGAGGAAACUCCUACAAAGAAGCAAUUUGAAAGUAAAGCUUCUGUUAAACAGUCAGGCGGUAGACCAAGCACCUCAGAUAACUCUAAUCCUGAUCUAAGCAAGGGAAAACCUUUUGGGAAGGCAAAUUGGGAUUCAGGAAAAUCAUCUUCACCUACUCGAAGUGGGCUUAAAAGAACACCAGAACACCUUGUUGAAGAUUUAUCUAGAUCGCAUCAUAGGGUUGUUCAGUCUCAGCAGCAGCAGCAGCUCUCAAGAUUUGACUGUCCAGAAGUUGGGUCCCAGUUUAACAGAUUGGCUGAUGAUGGUAAAACCAAGAAAAUAGACACUGGUGCAAAACUGGGAGUUGGCCUGGAGGAUUACAGUGAAAGCCAUAAGAAAGCACCAGCUAGUGCCCUGCAACAGAAGGAAUCUAAACGAGGACCAGCGUCCCAGUUCAUGAAUGAAAGUAAAAUACCAGCAACAAAGAAAAUGCUGGAUACGACUGAUAUGCGCAAGGAUGUGGUUCUGAAAGAGGGUAAUGUAAAUGGUCGAAAGAAAAGAGGUUCUUCAGAUGAAGAUUAUUUGCUUUAUUUUAAGUAUGAAAAAGAUGAGCAACAGCACAGAGGACCGAUUAAGGAUUCAUCUGAGUAUGAAGAGUAUGUGAAUGAAUUUCGUGAAAAAUAUGAAUCUUACAAGGACUUGGACAGGGUCCUACAAACCUACAGGAAUGAAUUUGAAAAGCUGGGUAAGGACCUUGAAUAUUCAAAAGGUAGGGACAAGGAGAAAUAUUACAAGACCUUGGACCAAUUGAUGGAGUCUUACCACCAAUGUGGAAUGAGAUAUAAGAGACUGAAGAAAAUAUUUGUUGUGCUUCAUCAAGAACUGAAGAACCUUAAGCAGAGGCUCACAGAGUAUGCCGAGUCACAGUCAACGGAUUGAUAUUGGAUUAUUCGAAACCUGUCAUGUAACAGAUUGUAUCCUCUAUUUUCAUACCUGAGCUGCAAUCGGCUUAGACCUUUCUCCAUCGCCUUUCAGGUAGACAUUCAAACAAACAGUGAUGUGUUGCUUUGCCUCUUGAAGAAUGGAGCUCUUCUUGUAAAUGGUUAUAGUUGGUCGUUCAAGGUGAUUGGAAUGGGGCCCAUGGUCCUUGAAGGAUUGAAGGUGUGAUGUACAAAUAGGUUGGGUGUGUAUAAUUUUGGCUUUCGGCCACCAAUUUUGUUCUAGAUUUUUUUGACAGCUUUGUUUAAUCUUUUGCUUGCUACCAACAAUUUCUUUCGUUAUGUAUACAAAUUAUUGAAAAAGAAAAG